UUUAUUUGGCAUUUCGUCAAACAUGUGGCUAUUUUUUUCCAUUAGGAGUGGGCAAAAGUCUUGGUCUUUGUCUUCUUGCUGUAUCCUCUCAUUGGCGAAAGACUUGGCUAAAGUGUUGUUCGACAGAUUGGCCUCUCGUGAGCUGCUCAAUUUUGCCCGUCGGGAGAAGCUCCGUUCUCGGCUCAAGAGGUGGGAGAGGAACCUGCAGGACAUUAACAUCGUACUGGAAGAUGCCGAGGACCGGGCCAUGGGUGGAGAGAGCCGAGUGAUCACCCCUUGGCUGGACGACCUCAGGGACUUGGCUUACGACGUGGAUGACCUGCUAGAUGAGUUCGCCACCGAGGAAGCCCUGCGCAGCAGCAGCUUCCUGCUCUCCGAUAAGACCGGUGUUUCAUCAAGCAAGCUGCGCAAUCUUCUGCUCCCUGGAUGUAUCCCUCAUAGUUUGAGCCCCAAAAGACUCCUGUUCGACCACAAGAUGAGAUCUAAGGUGGAAGCCAUUGACCACCGAUUGACUGACAUCAUGCGCCGGAAGGAAACUCUCAGACUAUCGGAGGGCGGCGGGGGGAGAAUUUAUGUUGCUAGCCGCCAGAGAAGAUUGCCCAGCACUUGUUUGGCAGAGCCCUUCAUUCUCGGCAGGGACAAUGACAGAGAGGCUAUCGUGAACUUCCUGAUGGAUGAAAAUGAGGAUCUCUCUGUGAUUCCCAUCGUCGGGAUGGGAGGGUUAGGCAAGACAACUCUCGCUCAGUCAGUCUAUAAUGAUGAGAAGGUGAAAGGAUCCUUCCCUGUAAGAGCGUGGGCCUGUGUCUCCGAUGAGUUCGACGUGCUGGCUGUAACGAGGACGAUAUUCUUGCAGAUCGUGGGUGGGGCUCAUGAGGGAAAGGAUUUGAAUGUCCUCCAAGUUGAAAUCCAAAGCAUUAGAUAUUUACGAUUGCCCAAAGCUCAAGUUCUUACCGAGCGAAGGAUUCCCCACCUCCCUCGGUAGCCUCCAACUCAGAGGGUGCAGUGAAGAUCUGAGAAAGAGAUGCUCAAAGGAAGGAGGGGGUGGAGAUUAUUUCCCCCUCAUUGAACGCAUCCCCCUCGUUUUCUGAAAAAACAUCAUUGACUUUCUCAAUUCUCAAUUAAUUCUUUUAUAUCGGUUAUACCCUUGUUGACGUCUUCUUUCUUUUUUUUCUUUUUUUUUUUUUCCUUUUUUAAUUUUUUUUCAAGUUUCUAGCUUUUUUAUCUCGAAUAAUUCUUUUUCUUUGAUGACAUUCUAAUUAUAAAGCUUGACUUAUUUUGUAGUAUUUAGCGUACCUGUGUUGACCACUUCACCAGAUUUUCUCAGUAUGGUGAUGUACACAUUAUAAUAUGUAAAUAUGAUUCGACUUGAUCAAGGCUGUAUUAGCAAUUACUAAA